UCCACACAGUCUUUGCUGAGCAUUCGUGGCUCCCUGUUUUCACCAAGGCGUAGCAGCAAAGCAAGCCUUUUCAGCUUCAGAGGCCGAGCAAAGGAUAUAGGAUCAGAGAAUGAUUUUGCAGAUGAUGAGCACAGCACCUUCGAAGACAACGAGAGCAGAAGAGAUUCUCUCUUCGUUCCUCACAGACAUGGCGAGAGGCGCAACAGUAACAUCAGCCAGGCCAGUCGAUCAUCCAGAAUGGUGCCUGUGCUUCCAGCCAAUGGGAAAAUGCAUAGUACCGUGGACUGUAAUGGGGUAGUUUCCUUAGUUGGUGGGCCACCAGUUCUUAUGUCACCAACAGGUCAACUUUUGCCUGAGGGUACCACUACAGAAACAGAAUUAAGGAAAAGACGAUCAAGUUCUUAUCACAUGUCCAUGGAUUUUCUCUCUGAUCCUACUGCAAGGCAAAGAGCUAUGAGCAUAGCCAGCAUACUCACCAACACAAUGGAAGAACUUGAGGAAUCCAGACAGAAAUGCCCUCCCUGUUGGUAUAAAUUUGCUAACAUGUGCUUAAUCUGGGACUGCUGCACUCCAUGGUUAAAAAUAAAGCAUAUUGUUAAUCUGGUUGUGAUGGAUCCCUUUGUCGACCUUGCUAUCACUAUCUGUAUUGUUCUGAACACUUUAUUUAUGGCCAUGGAACAUUACCCGAUGACUCCGCAGUUUAAUAAUGUGCUAUCCGUCGGAAACUUGGUGUUCACUGGCAUCUUUACAGCAGAAAUGUUCCUUAAGCUAAUAGCCAUGGAUCCUUACUAUUAUUUUCAAGAAGGCUGGAAUAUUUUUGAUGGCAUCAUUGUCAGCCUGAGUUUGAUGGAACUGGGUCUUGCCAACGUGGAAGGUCUUUCUGUCCUGAGAUCCUUCCGACUGCUUCGAGUUUUCAAAUUGGCAAAAUCUUGGCCAACAUUAAAUAUGUUGAUAAAGAUUAUUGGCAAUUCAGUUGGUGCCUUGGGAAAUCUGACCUUGGUUUUGGCCAUCAUAGUCUUCAUUUUUGCUGUGGUUGGAAUGCAGUUAUUUGGCAAAAGCUACAAGGAAUGUGUCUGCAAAAUCUCUAAUGAUUGUGAACUUCCACGCUGGCACAUGAAUGACUUUUUCCACUCUUUCUUGAUUGUCUUUCGAGUACUUUGUGGAGAAUGGAUAGAAACUAUGUGGGACUGUAUGGAGGUUGCUGGACAAACAAUGUGCCUUACUGUCUUCAUGAUGGUCAUGGUAAUUGGCAAUCUAGUGGUUUUGAACCUCUUUCUAGCCUUGCUGCUGAGCUCCUUCAGUUCAGACAAUCUUGCUGCUACAGAUGAUGACAAUGAAAUGAACAAUCUCCAGAUUGCUGUGGGGAGGAUUCAGAGAGGAAUUGAUUAUAUGAAAAGAAAAGCACGUGAAUUUGUCCAAAAGGCUUUUGUGAGGAAGCAGAAAGCUUUGGAUGAAAUCAAACCUCUUGAAGAGCUGAACAACAAGAAAGACAGCUGCAUCUCUAACCAUACCAUUGUAGAUAUUGGCAAAGACUUCAACUACCUGAAAGAUGGCAAUGGAACAACCAGUGGCAUAGGCAGCAGUGUGGAAAAAUACAUAAUUGAUGAAAGUGAUUACAUGUCAUUCAUAAACAACCCAAGUGUCACUGUGACUGUGCCCAUAGCAGUUGGAGAAUCAGAUUUUGAAAAUUUAAACACUGAAGAAUUUAGCAGUGAAUCAGAUUUGGAAGAAAGCAAAGAGAAACUAAAUGCAUCUAGCUCAUCUGAAGGCAGCACAGUUGAUGUUGGAGUUCCCCAAGUAGGAGAACAACCUGAAGCUGAGCCUGAAGAAUCUCUUGAACCAGAAACCUGUUUUACUGAAGGCUGCAUGCGGAGGUUCGAAUGUUGUCGAGUCAGCGUAGAAGAUGGGAAAGGAAAAAUAUGGUGGAAUCUUCGGAAGACCUGUUACAAAAUAGUUGAACAUAAUUGGUUUGAGACUUUUAUUGUCUUCAUGAUUCUCCUCAGCAGUGGUGCUCUGGCUUUUGAAGAUAUAUAUAUUGAACAGCGGAAGACCAUCAAGACCAUGUUGGAAUAUGCAGAUAAGGUCUUCACAUACAUCUUCAUCUUGGAAAUGCUUCUGAAGUGGGUGGCUUAUGGCUUUCAGAUGUAUUUCACUAAUGCCUGGUGCUGGCUGGACUUCCUCAUUGUGGAUGUCUCUUUAAUUAGCUUAACAGCAAACGCCUUGGGCUACUCUGAACUUGGUGCAAUUAAAUCGCUUAGGACUUUAAGAGCUUUGAGACCUCUGCGAGCCUUGUCACGGUUUGAAGGAAUGAGGGUGGUGGUGAACGCCCUCUUGGGAGCAAUUCCUUCCAUCAUGAAUGUGCUCCUCGUAUGUCUUAUAUUCUGGCUGAUCUUCAGCAUUAUGGGAGUGAACCUCUUUGCUGGCAAGUUCUACCACUGUAUUAAUACCACAACAGGUGAAAUGUUCAGCAUCGAUGAAGUUGACAAUCAGACUCAGUGUGAGGAGCUCAUAGAAAGGAAUGAAACAGCCCGAUGGAAAAACGUGAAAGUCAACUUUGAUAAUGUGGGACUUGGUUACCUCUCAUUGCUUCAAGUAGCCACUUUCAAAGGCUGGAUGGAUAUUAUGUAUGCAGCUGUGGAUUCACGGAAUGUGGAAAAACAACCUCAUUAUGAAGAUAAUCUGUAUAUGUAUCUCUACUUUGUUAUCUUUAUCAUCUUUGGAUCCUUCUUCACAUUGAAUUUAUUUAUUGGUGUCAUCAUAGACAAUUUCAAUCAGCAGAAAAAGAAGUUUGGAGGUCAAGACAUCUUUAUGACAGAAGAACAGAAGAAAUAUUACAAUGCGAUGAAGAAACUGGGAUCCAAGAAACCACAAAAGCCUAUACCGAGGCCAGCAAACAAAUUCCAAGGCAUGGUCUUUGACUUUGUAACAAAGCAAGCCUUUGACAUCAGCAUCAUGAUUCUUAUCUGCCUUAACAUGGUCACCAUGAUGGUGGAAACAGAUGACCAGACUGAUGCAAUGGAAACUAAUUUAUACCGAAUUAAUCUGAUUUUCAUAGUCCUUUUUACUGGAGAGUGUGUUUUGAAACUGAUUUCACUCCGCUAUUAUUAUUUCACCAUUGGCUGGAACAUUUUUGAUUUUGUGGUUGUCAUUUUAUCCAUAGUUGGUAUGUUCCUGGCGGAGAUCAUUGAGAAAUACUUUGUGUCCCCCACCUUGUUCCGAGUGAUCCGACUUGCCAGGAUAGGCCGGAUCCUGCGUCUAAUCAAGGGUGCUAAAGGGAUCCGCACUCUGCUUUUUGCCUUGAUGAUGUCCCUUCCUGCCUUGUUUAACAUUGGCCUCCUCCUUUUCCUCGUCAUGUUCAUCUAUGCUAUAUUUGGAAUGUCCAACUUUGCCUACGUGAAGAGAGAAGUUGGAAUUGAUGACAUGUUCAACUUUGAAACAUUUGGCAACAGCAUGCUGUGCCUUUUUCAAAUUACCACCUCUGCAGGCUGGGAUGGCUUGCUGGCACCUAUUCUCAACAGCGGGCCUCCGGACUGUGACCCCGAGAUAGACCAUCCGGGAAGCUCAGUCAAGGGAGACUGUGGCAAUCCUUCUGUUGGGAUUUUCUUCUUUGUCAGUUACAUCAUCAUAUCUUUCUUAGUGGUCGUAAACAUGUAUAUUGCUGUCAUUCUGGAGAACUUCAGUGUUGCUACAGAAGAAAGUGCUGAACCUUUGAGUGAGGAUGAUUUUGAGAUGUUCUAUGAGGUCUGGGAGAAAUUUGAUCCAGAUGCAACCCAAUUCAUUGAGUUUUGUAAACUCUCUGAUUUUGCUGCUUCACUGGAUCCUCCCCUUCUUAUAGCAAAACCAAAUAAAGUUCAGCUUAUUGCAAUGGAUCUGCCCAUGGUAAGUGGAGACAGGAUUCAUUGCCUCGAUAUCUUGUUUGCUUUCACAAAACGUGUUUUGGGUGAAAGUGAUGAAAUGGAUGCCCUCCGUGUUCAAAUGGAAGAUCGGUUUAUGGCUGCCAAUCCUUCUAAAGCCUCCUAUGAACCAAUCACCACUACACUGAAAAGAAAGCAAGAAGAAGUAUCAGCUGUCAUUAUUCAGCGAGCCUUCAGGCGCUUCCUCUUAAAGCAAAAAGUUAAAAAGGUUUCCUGCAUUUUUAAUAAAGAUCGAAUCAAAAGUGGAGAUGACACUCAUAUCAAAGAAGACAUGAUUAUUGACAAGCUCAAUGAGAAUUCUACUCCUGAAAAAAAUGACAUGACCCCUUCCACAACCUCCCCUCCUUCCUACGAUAGUGUUACAAAGCCUGAUAAAGAGAAAUAUGAAAAGGACAAAUCAGAAAAAGAAGAUAAAGGUAAAGAUAGCAGGGACAGUAAAAAAUGAGCAAAGCAGAAGGUUCUCUUUGUGACAAAUUGUUUACAGCUUGAGAAAGUAAAGUAUUAUUUUAAAAGGACUCCCAUAGGAGGUUUAUGCCAAACUGUUUUUGCACACACACAGAAACACACAGAGACACACACACACAAAUAUCUAUAAAUAUAUACAGUAUACAAAUGCUAGAUAUAUACUUAAGGUCAGUGCCUAUUAACAAGAUAGUGACCCCCUCGUCGAUCCAAAUGCGGCUCUGUAAAACAGGGUGGCAAGCUUGACAGGAGGUUACUGUUUUCAUUACCAGCUGACACUGCUGAAGAGGAGGGGGAAAUGGCUACCCAGACUGUAGGGACCAGAGGUGCAAACUGAGAGGUUAAGUGUGUUUAAUGUGAAACACUCAAGUACAAUAAUUGUAUCCACUGUUUGCAUUCCAACUGCCACAUUUUUGCCAUAUUUUUACAGAAAUCGGUGUUGGUGAGGUCAUUUUUUUAAUUCACAGGUUGUUUACUAUUAUAUGUGACUAUUUUUGUAAAUGGGUUUUAUGUUUGAGGGGUGGGGUGGGUCCAGGGUCUUGGGGAAAUAUGAGGACCAGCUGUUCUGUCUGAUUCUCUUGUAAUGUACAGGCAGAAGUGAUUUGCAUGAAGGCAUGCUGCACUUAUAGAACAUGCAUGGAAACAAAUAAGACUUCUUUGCACAAGAGUUUUAAAUACUUCCAUGUUUCAGGAUGGCUCCAGAUUCUGAGGUGCUUAAUAACAGUGUACAUCUUUGUGUCUCAUCCUGACAAUUCUCAAUGUGCCUGUAACUCUCAUAAAAUCAACAGUUAUUCAACAGAGGUGCCCUCUCCCCCUUCCCUCUACACAUACAAAACAUACCAUUCAGUCAUCACAGCUGAUAUGAACGUCAUUGGCAAUGUAAUCCUGUACAUAUUUACUCACCCAUUGAGUUCAUUGGGACUCACUCUUUGGUAAGUAGGUAUAGGGUUGCAACCAAAAUAGAAAACUUGGCUGGGGAUAUGGGGUGGGGGUGUUCUUUAGUAUGCUAUACAGGAAACAAAAUGCAUUCACUUUAUCUUGAUUUUGGAAUGCCAAACUGGCCAGAAGAAAGGGGGAGAAAUAUGAGACAUUUAUAUGUUUUGUUUGUUUGUUUUUAAUUUCUCCUGCAGUAUUGUUUAGCCAUCUUCCACUCUCAGCAAGUUUGACAUGGUAUGUGUCAAUGAGAUAAUGCUGUCUAUGUAAAUAGUUAGUUUAAUCUUGUGGUGCAUGUUUGAGCAAAGGAAUCAAUGUCCUGUGCACAACAUUUAUUGCAUCAAAUAUGUACCACAAUAUGUGUAGAUCGCAAGCCUUGAGCAGGAAAAUACGAUGUAUUCUGUACCAUUAUAAGUAGUUUGGAGGCUCUCACAGAUGCAUGUUGUUUAUCUCGCCUUCGCUGCUGUAUUUUUCCCCCCUUGGGUUUGUUCAGAGAUUUAAUAUGGGAAGCCAUAUGUCAGUGGUAAAAGUGAAACAAUUUGUUCAACCAGACAUCGUUCCUCAUUUCAUCAAGCAAUAGUUUGCAUCUG